GAUAUUUGCUUUUAAUAAUGUUGAUUUCUCUUAUGAAAUUACGAGGAGAAUAACACUAUUGGAAGGACACGUACGAUAAAAAAGAUAGCUGGAUGGACAAUUUCAAUCCCAUGCUGAGAUUUCUGGAUAUUUUACUAUCCCAGACUCGCCUAUUGAUCCGGGAAGCCUACCAAAGGUUCAAAGCUGAAGAUUCUCGCAGGCAUUGUCAAAGCCUUGAUUCAAGAAGUAUUAUGUCUCACUGUCUUAAUGAUUACAAGCACUGAACUCCAAUGGAGGCAAGAAAGUGAACAAGAAUUGGCCUUAAGAAAAUCCAAGCAACGGAUACACAUCCUCAAGAGCUACCUUGAUGAACUCAACAAUGAGUCCUACUUGUCUGGUGAAGAGGAAGAGGAAUCAUCUUAUGAGUUUACCUCUGAUACCAAAAAAUAUCUCUAUGCUACUGCUGUUGAAGUUUUGAUAUCAGGAAAUCAUGAUCAAGGACAAAACAACAAGCAUACAAUAUUCCACAACAUAUCAAGCACAAAAAAAAAAAGAUGUUGCACUUAUUGUGAAGUAAAACAAGGAAGUUCUCCUCAAUCAAGCCAAACGGUCUAUGUCAGAUUGUAUGCAACGGCUGAAGGAACAAAAGAGAAAAUACUUCUCUCCAUCAACAGUAAACCGAAUUCUCUAUAUAUGAAUAUUCUUUUUAAGGAAGAAAGCAACAAAUAGUUUGCAUAUCCAGCCAAUGAAGCUCGAGUUUUCUUCUUUAUUCUUGAGUGAUUUAUGGUAAAAAUUGGACGUAGGUCUCAGUGAAUAGGAGACCAAACCAUGCUAUAUAUCGUGGUGACAACCUAUCUCUCUUUCUCUCUUCUGUAUUAUGAGAUAAAAUUAAAAAUAAUCUCUUGUUUUUCUAGGUUAUGUAUAAUCUGUAAAAGUUAUUAUAUAUUGUGUUUUCUUAAUUCAA